AUGAAUGUGUGUCAUAUUUUUGUUAUAGGAUUGCUAGAUGUUUUUACACCUGCAACAUCAAUAGAAAAUUUUAAUGAAGUAUAUCUUGUGACAAAUUUAAUGGGUGCUGACCUGAAUAACAUUGUAAAGUGCCAGAAGUUAACGGAUGAUCAUAUACAGUUUCUCAUCUAUCAGUUACUUCGAGGUCUUAAGUACAUUCACUCAGCUGGAAUCAUCCACCGGGACCUAAAACCCAGUAACCUAGCUGUAAAUGAAGACUGUGAGCUGAGGAUUUUAGACUUUGGUUUAGCUCGACAAACUGAUGAUGAAAUGACUGGAUAUGUUGCAACAAGAUGGUACAGAGCUCCAGAAAUUAUGUUAAACUGGAUGCACUACAAUCAAACAGUUGACAUAUGGUCGGUUGGAUGCAUCAUGGCAGAGCUACUGAAAGGGAAGGCUCUAUUUCCAGGAAAUGAUUAUAUUGAUCAACUAAAGAGAAUAAUGGAAGUUGUGGGCACACCCAGUUCUGAACUUCUGAAGAAGAUAUCAUCAGAGCAUGCAAGAAAAUACAUUGAAUCUCUUCCACAUAUGCCUCAACAGGAUUUGAAAGCAGUAUUUCGUGGUGCCAAUCCAUUAGCUGUAGAUCUUCUGGAGAAGAUGCUCAUACUAGAUAGUGAUAAAAGAAUCAGUGCCUCGGAAGCACUGGCACAUCCAUACUUUGUACAGUACCACGAUCCGGACGAUGAACCCGAGGCUGAGCUGUACGACGAGUCAAUAGAGAAUAAGGAGCGAACCAUAGAUGAAUGGAAAGAACUUACCUAUGGAGAAGUGAUUAGCUUUAAACCACCCGACUUAAAAAUGGACAGCCUGGAGAUUGAACAGUGAAUACAGGCAGCUGUGUCUUGCCUUGCUGCACUAUGAAGACUGUUAAAAUAUAACCAUACAAUUUAACCUGUGGUCAGAUGUAGAUUUUACUAUCCAAAGAUGUUGGAGAAGAUAUGGAAAAGCAGAUGCAUUAAACAGAAGCCAGAUGUUGUCUGGUUUGGGUGGGGUGUUUUUUUUGCCUUGUAAUAUGAAUGUAUUCCCAACUCACAAAGGGUGAACUGCUUCAUUCUGACAAAAUUAUGCACUGAGUUCUGUCAAGCUGUGUGUUCUGCAUGUUUCAUUUUAUCAGUUGUAUUGCCAAAAUAACAGUGACCUUUUAAAUUAAUUUUUAAAUUGUACAUUUAAAGCAUGAAUGUAUACAAACAUAAACAUAGAAGUCCAUACAAGCAAUCCUUUUUUUUU